AUGGAGGACUCUGGGAAGACUUUCGGCUCUGAGGAAGAAGCAGCUAACUAUUGGAAAGAUCUGGCGAUGACCUACAAACAAAGGGCAGAGAACACACAAGAGGAGCUCCGAGAAUUCCAGGAGGGAAGCCGAGAAUAUGAAGCUGAAUUGGAGACGCAGCUACAACAAAUUGAAACCAGGAACAGGGACCUCCUGUCAGAAAAUAACCGCCUUCGCAUGGAGCUAGAAACCAUCAAGGAGAAGUUUGAGACGCAGCAUUCUGAAGGCUACCGGCAGAUCUCCGCCUUAGAGGAUGACCUAGCCCAGACAAAGGCAAUUAAGGAUCAGCUGCAGAAAUAUAUCCGAGAGCUGGAGCAAGCAAACGAUGACCUGGAGAGAGCGAAACGGGCCACGAUCAUGUCUCUGGAAGACUUUGAGCAGCGCUUGAAUCAAGCCAUUGAGAGAAAUGCCUUCUUGGAGAGCGAGCUUGAUGAGAAGGAGAAUCUCCUAGAAUCUGUUCAGCGACUGAAGGAUGAAGCCAGAGAUUUGCGGCAGGAAUUGGCUGUGCAGCAAAAGCAAGAGAAACCCAGGACUCCCAUGCCCAGCUCGGUGGCAGCUGAAAGGACAGACAUAGCCGUGCAGGCCACGAGCUCAGUGCCGUCCACUCCUGUGGCACAUCGGGCACCCAGCUCUAGCUUCACCACACCGGGGGCGUGCAGACGUGGUCUAGAUGACUCCACAGGUGGGACCCCCCUCACGCCUGCGGCCCGGAUAUCAGCCCUCAACAUCGUGGGAGACCUGCUGCGGAAAGUGGGGGCACUGGAGUCCAAACUCGCAUCCUGCCGGAACUUUGUGUACGAGCAGUCCCCAAACCGGACCAGUGGCCCCCCCUCAGGGCGAGCCAGCAAGAACAGAGAUGGUGGUGACAGACGGCCAAGCAGCACCAGCGUGCCUCUGGGUGAUAAAGGGUCGGGAAAACGCCUGGAGUUUGGGAAGCCACCUUCAAAUCUGUCCUCUCCGUCGCUGCCGUCAGCCCAGGGUGUAGUCAAGCUGUUGCUUUAG